AUGGCGGUAGCGGCGGCGCCGCCGCCGCCAGGCGCCAUCUCUUUCCGCUUCGAUACAGAUCGUACGGACAGGUCUGUCGGCGGAAGCAAGUCAACAACCGUUUUGUCGGUAUCGGCGGCGACACCAGCUGCCGCCGCCGCCGCCGCCGGGAGCGCUGCCGCCACAAACACCAACUACGGCGGCGGCGGUGGCAUGGUCUGGCGUUUCGACGUCGGCGGUCCCAAGGCACCACCACCUCCGCCGCCGCCGGUAUGGCGCUUUGAUGUCAGCGGCGGCGGCAGCAAGGGCAGUUGGGAUCAUCAAGUCGCGGCGCCGUCGGCGACCUCGGGCGGCGGAGGCGACCGCAGCGGCGGUGGCGCCGGCGGUACCAGCCUCAAUGGGCUGCAUGUACGGCAGCAGGGCGGGCACUUUGACCGCCGUAUGCACGGCAGCAAUUUGUACCGCAACGUGGCCCUCCGAGCUCUCCAGGGAGGAGAGCUAGACCAGUUGCCAUACAUGGAACUCGCGCUGCUUGACGAAAGGGGGCAGUGGCCGGAUGCAUGGCGCCACCUCCACAUCACCACACACUCCUCGACAAGCAGGACAACAUGUCGUCAAACUGAUCCUGUUGGCAUUAUCAACCGCUUUUGA